AUGAACCGUCUAUUCGGCUCCAAGAGUGCGGCUCCCAAGCCCACACUCGACGGUGCUAUCACCAAGGUCGAAGACCGCGUCUCCAGCAUCGACGUCAAACUCGCUGCCCUCAACUCCGAACUCUCGACCUACCAAGCCAAGCUCUCCAAAAUGCGCGACGGACCAGGGAAGAACGCACUACGCCAGAAGGCUCUGAAGGUCCUCCAACGACGAAAACAGUACGAGGCCCAGCGAGACCAACUCUCCCAGCAAUCGUGGAAUAUGGAACAGGCCGGCAUGAUGCAGGAUAACCUCAAGAAUGUCAUGACAACGGUAGAUGCCAUGAAGACGACCACGAAGGAACUGAAGAAACAAUACGGAAAGGUGGACAUCGACAAGAUUGAGCAGAUGCAGGACGAGAUGGCCGAUCUGAUGGAAGUCGGCAACGAGAUCCAGGAAAGCAUCUCGCGCGCCUAUGAUCUCCCCGAGGAAGUAGACGAGGCGGACCUAGAUGCUGAGCUAGAGGCUCUGGGGGAGGAGUCGAUGUUUGAGACUGAGGCUGGGGCCGAUGCUGUGCCGAGCUUCUUGCAAGACGAGGUUGCGCCGCCACAGUUCAUUGAUGAGCCGCCCGAGCAAGGCAAGGUUAAAGAGGCCGCUGGCGGUCUUGGAUAA